AUGGCCGACACAACAAAGCCCGUUGAGGUCCCUGCGACCACCGCUCCUGUCGCCGAGCCCGUUGUCGAGACGAAGCCCGCUGAGGCCACCCCCGACGUUGCUGAGGUUUCCGAGACUGCUCCUGCUGUCGAGGCUACCCCUGCCGCCGCCACCGAGACUGAGGUCGCCGCUGAGGCUCCCGCUGCCGAGGCCGAGGAGGCCAAGAAGGAGGAGGUCAAGCCUGUUGAGGAGGGCCACCUCGAGCACAAGGGCCAGGGCGCCAACUUCCCCAAGAACUUCCUCUACACCAAGACCCUGUUCUGGUUUGGCUCUGAGCCCGUCAAUGUCAAGGAGAUCGCCAGCUUCAAGGCUGAGAAGGCCGCUGAUGUCGCCCAUCACGUUGCCUCGUGGGCUGCCGAGACCGGCAAGGGUCUCCUUUUCUACAGCGAGAAGGGUGACAAGGCUGCUCCCAACGGCGCUAUCCAGCUUGCUGAGGCUACUGAGCCCGUUGUCGAUGGCACCAACAAGUUCCACUUCUCUUCCAAGGGCCACAAGCACACCUUCAAGGCCCCCACUGCCGCUGACCGUGACAACUGGGUUGCCCAGCUGAAGGCCAAGAUUGCCGAGGCCAAGGAGCUUGCCGCCACUGUCACCGAAUCUGAGACCUACAAGAAGACCCUUGAGAGCUUCAAGCCUGCCCCCGUCAAGAAGGAGGAAAAGGCUGCUGAGCCCGCCGCUGAGGUUGCCCCUGCUGCCACCACUGAGGAGGCCGCCGCCGCCGUUGCCGAGGCUCCUGUUGAGGCCGCUGCCGUCGAGACCCCCAAGGAGGAGGUCAAGGAGGAGGAGAAGAACGAGGAGGUCAAGAAGGAGGAGCCCAAGCGUCGCUCCGCCAGCCGCAAGCGCACUUCCAUCUUCGGCAGCCUCCUCGGCAAGAAGGAGGAGAAGAAGGCCGCCGAGCCUACUGCUGAGACUCCCGCUGCCACUGCUGAGGAGCCCGCCGCUACCGAGGCCCCCGCUGCCACCGAGGCUCUUGCUGCUGAGGUUGCUCCCGCUGUCGAGGCUGCCCCCGUGGCUGAGACCACCACCGAGGCUGCCCCUGCCACCACUGAGGCUGCGGCCACUGAGGCCAAGCCCGAGGAGAAGGCUGAGGAGAAGAAGGAGGAGGUCGCUGAGGCCCGCCCUGCUGUCCCUACCAAGCGCUCCAGCAUCUUUGGCAGCCUCCCCUUCGGCAAGAAGAAGGCUGCUCCUGUUGCUGAGGCUCCCGUCAAGGAGACCCCUGCUGCCACCGAGGCCGUUGCCGAGACUGCCCCUGUGAUCCCCGCCGUUGAGACCACUGAGCCCCUCUCUGCUGAGGUCUCUUCCCCUGCCAACGUUCCCACUGAGACCACUGAGGUUGCUGCUGCUCCUGCCGAGACCAACGGCGAGACCAGACCUGCCGUUAAGAGCGACAAGCGCAAGAGCUCUCUCCCUUCGGCCUCGGCAAGAAGAAGGAGUCUGCUUCCUCUGACGAGGAGGGCGAGAAGGUCAAGUCCCCUUCUGCCUUCUCCAAGUUCCGCGCCACCAUCAAGGGCAAGGGCAAGGCCGACAAGGUCGAGGAGAAGAAGGAGGAGACCCCUGCCGCUACCGAGGCUGUCGCCGAGGAGAAGGCUGAGGACAAGGCCGAGGAGAAGAAGGAGGAGGAGGCUGUCAAGCCUGCCGAGACCGCUGAGGUUGCUGCCCCCGUCGUUGCUGCCGAGGAGGAGAAGCCCAAGCCCGCCGAGGCCGCGCCUGUCGUCACCGCCACUGCUUAGAGAACGAGGCGUAUUCCCCUCGAGCAAUCUCAAUGUCGGUGAAAGACGUAUGGAAACGAAACCACGAAAACAUAGAGCGAACAUUCAUGAAUGA